AACUUCAAGAGUCAACGAAAGUCUUACAAGAGCAGUCAAUCGGUAAUAAAUCUGGAGGCGGUGGAAGCAAAUCCCAAUCGGGGAAUCUAACUGAGGAACUGUCACUUUUGAAAAGAAGAAAUGACGAAAUCGAAGCGAAAUUAAAAGUUAAGGAGAAAGAACUUGCCGACUUAUCUAACGAAAAGAAGUCGGCAGAAAGUUCCUCAGAAGACGUGAAAUGGAAACUGAGAUCUGCCGAAAAAGAGAAGAAAACAUUAAAAGAGGAAAAAGAACUUUUGGAAAAGGAAAUUGCGGAGUCGAAGGAACGAAAUACAACUUUAUCAAAAGAAUUGAAAGAAGCUCAGAACCAACGUAAAAUGGCGAUGGCCGAGUUUAGCGAACUCAACGAUAAAUUAGCCGACAUGAUAUCGCUGAAAACAAAACUAAGCCGGACACAACGCGAGAAAGAAGAGGAAUUAGAGAGUGCGUUGGAAAAGGUUGAAAAUAUGAAAACCGAAAUGAGAAAUGUCGAUAAAAAGAAGCGAGAACUGAAUAGUCAAAUCGACGAACUUACGGCCGAAGUGAGUAAAGAAAAAAAACUGAGAUCUAGAAGUGAACAGUACUCGAAGCAACUCGAAGAAGAGAUUGAUAUUCUUAAGAUACGGCAGCGAAACCUUGGCAAAUUGACGAGUUUUGAUACGACAACUGAUCAAUUACAAGAAGAAAUUACCAAACUGAAGGCUUCUUUGGAGAAAGCAAAGAUUGAUCAUGAAGAUAUUUUGUCUCAACAAAAGAAAGAACAGCUAGCAGAAGUGAAGGAGCUCAAAGAGAAAUUACAUGAUCAGGAAAUAGCCUCGCAGAGUCUCAAGAGUCAGGUUACUGUGUUGACUGGCAAAGUAAGCCAAGCAAAGAAAGACAGCUUCAGUGAUCAGCAAGAUGUCAUCAGUGACAUGCAGAGACGAUUUGAACGGGACCGAAGCAUUUUAGAGGAAGAAAACAGAAAGUUGCAGAGUGAAGUUGAAAAGCUGACCGAACGACUUAACAAAUCAAUCGCAUCUCAACGUCGUAAUGACGAAGAAUUGAAAGACAUGAGGGAGAAAAAUGAUCAAGUUGCUCACUGGGAAAGUCAGAUAGGCGAGAUCAUUCAAUGGGUGAGCGAUGAAAAAGAGGCUCGAGGAUAUCUUCAGGCUUUAGCAACGAAAAUGACCGAAGAACUGGAAGCACUUAAACCUUCAGCUUCCGGUUAUGGUACUCUUGGAAAGAAUGACAAAGAUUGGCAAGCAAGGAGAUCGCACAAGAUGAAUAAACAAGAGCUUUUGGCCUUGCAGGCCACAUUAAACAAGGAACUCGAGGCCAAACAAAAUCUUGCUGAUGAGUUAAACCGCGUCAAAGCCAAUAGUGCGGUGACUGAGAAAAAGCUGAGCGAGAGCGAUGCGCAAAACGCUUCUCUGAAAGAGGAAGUACAUCAACUAAGAAACGAAAUGGAGAAAUUAAAAGCUCAAGGAUUUCGUAACGACUUUGGUGGUAAUUUCACUAGCCAAAAUACUUUCACGGAUAAGGCGGCGCCUGUCUCUGCAAUACCCUCCGAACAAGCAAAUCGUCCAACGCUUGACAUUGAUCCAAUACGAGGAACUGGUAAGGCUUACGAAGGUCACGUGAGAAUACCGAAGCCCGGCGGCAUAAAACGAGGAUGGCUCAGACAGUUUGCAGUUGUCCGUGAUUUUAAACUGUUUUUAUAUGAUACCGCUGAUCGCCAGACGUUGCCGUCUCCUAGUCUCGUCCUCGAUCUCAGGGACGAAGAUUUUUCCGUGUGUACUGUUCUUCCCGCUGACGUCAUCCACGCGACCAAGAAGGAGAUCCCGUGUAUAUUCAAAGUGACAUGCUGUCAGACGUCCCCCCCUGGAAGGAUGUUUACACAACUAGUCUUGACAGAAAGUGAACAGGAGAAAAUCAAGUGGGUUAACGCGCUGAAGCAUUUACGAGAAAUUUUGAUUGCAAAUCACGAUACCUCAAAGACGCAAAUCUUCCAAGCAAGGGAAGUGUGUGAUGCAUCAUUACAUAUUUUGAAAAUGGCCUUGUGUGCAACUAUUAUCGACACCGAUAAGAUUGUGGUCGGUACAGAAGAGGGUCUGUUUUUGCUGGAGUUGAUGAAAGAAUCUUGUAUUCGCAUUGGGGAUGCUAGAAAGAAAGUAAUCAAGGUAGAACUGAUUCCAGAAGAAGAGCUACUGGUUGUUUUAUACAGUAAAAAUCGUCAACUACGAUUGUAUCCAUUGUCGAUACUCGAAGGUCACGAAACUGCUCCCAUCAAGAUUGUAGAAGCAAAAAACUGCUCAAUGUUCGCAACCGGUUAUAUGCUUGAUGCAAGAACUAGUUGUCUUUGUGUGUCGAUGAGACGUCAGAUUUUCAUCUACGAGCUCAAUAAAACGCAGAUCCGACAUAGAAAGAUUCAGACUCUCACAUCGCCUGUCAACUGUCAGUGGCUUGGCUUGCACGCCGGUAGACUUUUUGUCGGCUACACCUCCGGUUUUGAUGUCAUCAAUUUGAAUGGUGGCGAAACGCUGAAAUUAGUGAACACCGAUGAUUCACGGCUGUCGUCUGUUUUCUCCAGUCAAAUGGAAGCGCUACUUGCGGUCGAGAUUUCAACGAACAAAGAAUUUUUACUUUGUUUUCGUGAAAUUGGGAUAUUUGUGGAUAACGCGGGGCGGAAAUCGAGAGAUGAGGAACUAGUGUGGCCAUCGCCACCAACAUCCGUCGCUUUCUGUGGUCCAUAUAUCAUUUCGUACAGCGAGCGUGGCAUCGAUAUUUUUGAGGCCAACUCAGGAAAAUGGAUUCAAACGUUUCCCUUUAAAAAGUGUCAGUCAUUGGCCAGUGAUGGAACUUUGUGUUUAUGUUUCGCGAACGAAUCUCCUAAUUUGCUAUUGUUGAAGGACAAAACGAUGCAAGAAGAAAGACUUAUCAUUCCUGAUCCAACCAAAGGGAAAAAGGCCAUUGCUGCAGUCCUCAAAAUGAGAAGCAAGAAUAGAUUUUCGUUUAAGACGAGAGAAAUGGGUUUCCAAGAUCUCGACCAAGAAACAAAAUCUAAAUUAAUUUCUCUUCCGACUGACUUUGUACACAAGACGCACAUGGGACCUGGGGACGGUAUUCCCAUAUUGAAAGAUAUGUCUUUGAAUCCCCAAAGGGUAGACGAAGAUGAAAUAAACGAUGGAAACAUGGUGGGAAAUUACUCGGUUGUCCCACGAAGUAAACGGCCAAUUAGUGCCAUUCCCCGACCGAAAAGCGUUGCUCCUGCGCCGCCUGUACAUAAUGGAAAAUCAUCUUACCGAGUCAGUAACGAGGAUGUAAGCCGCUCGCCUUCAUCGACCUCCAGUGAAGAAAUUCGAAGUAAUCGUUUAUCUGGAGAUUUAGAGAAAUAUUCUACCAAGGUACCUAACCUACCCUCGCCAGAUGCAAGUCAAACAAUAUCAGAAUUCGAUUCAAUAAAUUUAAUGCCAAGUGAACUAACACAAUCAUCAAGCAAUGAAGACACUACGGCAAACAGCUCGGAAAUGCAUUUUUAAUGGCAGACACCUUCUCUUGGAAUCUAAGAUAAAUUCAACUGUACGUCGUCUUCAUUUGUGAGCAAUUCCUCCUCGAUGGAUCAAUAUUUUUCAGCUGAGUAAACCCCGUGGGAAGCAAUGAAUAUAUGUUAAACCAACUUGUAGUUAUAUUUUUAUGCCGAUUUUAUAAUUAUGUAUUAAUGCUUAGUGAUGGACGUAGUUGUAUGAAUUUACUGUAAAUUAUAGCAAGGUUGUUGUGCAUAAUUAACACUUCUAAUGCUAAUCAAGGUCUUUAACUUUUUUAA